GUGUUCCUGUUAGAACAAGAGUUGGUUCUCUUCCGGAGUGAAGGUCAUUCUCCCGCGGAAACAUGGCGGCGCCCGACGAGCUGUUCUGCUGGGAAGGAGCCUGGGGUCUCCCAUCCGUCAGCAGCGACUGCCUCACCGUGCUGGCCUACGCUCAGUUUGCAGGAGCUCCUCUGAAGCUCAGAAAGAUCUCCAACCCCUGGAGGAGUCCCAGCGGAUCACUUCCUGCUCUGAGGACCAAUCAGAAUGAGACGCUGUCCAGACCCUCUGACAUCAUCAUACACCUCAGGAAACAGAAGUUCAACGCAGACUUCGACCUGUCGGCUAAAGAGGGCGCCGACAGCCUGGCCUUCAUCUCCCUGCUGGAGGAGAGGCUCAGACCGGCUCUGAUCUAUAACUCCUGGGUGGACUCGAAGAACUACGUGGAGGUGACGCGGCGCUGGUACGCAGAGCACCUCCCCUUCCCCCUCAACUUCCUGCUGCCCGGCAGGAUGCAGCGGCAGCAGCUGGAGACCCUCAGGCUGCUGAGAGGAGACCCGCACCUGGAGGGGGGGGAGGAGCUGGAGAAGGAGGUGAGGACACAGGGGGAGGGGGGAGGAGCUGGAGAAGGAGCUGUACAGAGAGGCUGCAGAGUGCAUGGACCUGCUCUCUCAGAGGCUCGGAGCCCACAAGUUCUUCUUUGGAGACUCGCCUUCCUCUCUGGACGCCUAUGUGUUUGCCUACCUGGCUCCGGUCCUGAAGGCCAAGCUGCCCAACGGGAAGCUGCAGCAGCACCUGAAGUCUCUGGACAACCUGAGCAGCUUCUGCAGCAACAUCCUGCUGCUGUACUUCCCCCAGGACACCAGAGAGAGUGGGGGUCAGAAGUCAUCCUCCCCGCCGCAGCCCGAGGGCGGAGACUUCGAUCACGUGCCCAACAAGCGCAGGAAGCAGCUGAUGUCGGCGCUGGUGGCUCUGGGCGCCAUGCUGAGCUACGCCCUGCUGACCGGCAUCCUGUCCAUCCAGCAGCUGCAACAGGAGGCGCUGGAGGCCCCUCCCGACCUGCAGACCCUUGGGUCCCGGGACGAGGAUGAGGAGGGGGACGGCUGAGCAGCACUGAGGCAUCAUGGGACUUUAUGGACGGAGGUUAAGCUGUUAGAGUAGCUGUAUAUCACCCGAGGAGUUUCACCGCUACAGCGCACAGGAAGUGGUUCAUGUACAGGAAGUAAUUAAAGAUCAUUCUGUGGAGUUUCUUCAUGUGCUGGAUUUUGUUGAACUUAGUUUUAUUUCAGACAUGGAUCGGCCUUUUGCUAAAAAAUAAAUGCAUUUUAAUUUCG